AUGGAAGUUCUAAAACAGCUUCCAGACUAUGCGAGGCCUAUCGAGGGGCUUGCAGAUGUUCGUGCCCUGAAGCGGCACCUGCAAGGCUUGCACGGCUUCUCCCGUUUUCGGCAGACGCUCAUUUGCGAUGGCAGGAGCCUGGACGAUGAUGAAAGGUUGCUGUCGCCCGCAGAUCUACAGCUGGUUCUGCUACCCUUCGGCCCAGCAGAUGCUGAGCAAGUCAACGCACUGAUUGCUGCGGCGCGAGGGGGCUGCGCAUCUGACGUUGAGGAGAUGCUGCGACGACCUCAAGACCCCAACCUGGUUGAAAGGACAAUCUUUGGCCUUCCCGGCUUUGACACACCUCUUUUGGCAGCAGUUGAAGUUGGAGAUAUUGAGAAAACACGCCUCCUGCUUGAAGCUGGUGCAGCUGUGACUGAAGAAGUGCUUGAAGCAGCUUCCUUGGAUCUCAAGCUCCUUGACCUCCUGUUGGACUACGGUCGCUGCCUCUACCAGGCCUCCGCAGCAGGUUGCGCGGAACUUGUGCGCAGGCUGUUGGAAGCGGGGGCCGACGAAAACUACUUGCACUAUGAAGACAACCACCUCAAAUUCCACUGCACGACUCCCAGACGCAAAAUUGCAAUUGCCACGCCGCUUUCUAUCGCAGCGCAGCGGGGCCACCUGGAGGUUGUGAACAUUUUGAUGAGUGCUGGAGCUGACAUCUAUGAAGAGGCUUCAAUGGGAAGUCCUUUGUACGCAGCAUGCUCGAUGGGGCAUGUUGACAUUGCACGGCUCUUACUGCAGGCUGGUGCUGAGAACAGCAGCUGGGGCUUUGCAAAAGAGACCCCGCUGUAUGUGGCAUCGCUCAAAGGUCACGUCGAAGUUGUUGGCCUGUUGCUAGAGUGUCGGGCCAACGUCCACCGAGGUAGUUCGAUAGACACGCCCGUAUAUGUUGCGGCCUCGAGGGGUCAUGUUGAGACUGUGCGACUCUUGCUGAAGGCCGGUGCCGACAAGCGUCCAGGGCGGACGUCAGAAACUCCCCUGGGUGUAGCAGCGAGGAAAGGUCAUGCAGAGGUCACAUGGCUCUUACGAUGCCACGCGGUUGCGACGAGUGCGUGGCGCCUUGGAAGACUUGUUGCUUGGUUGACUGUAGCUGUGACUUUGGUCAAGGUUGGAAGGCUUUUCCCGUGCCUAUUGAGCAUUGCAAGAAACGCGCGCUGGUCCCGAGCCCCGAGAUGA